UUUAUUUUCACUUUCGCUUUUGAGAGCUGAGUCAGCCGGGCGUGAAACACACGGACAAACACACGCAAAUACCCCCAAAACUCACACACAAACACACUCAGCAUGGCGUUCACAUACCCCGAGGUGCGGAGGGAUGAGAAUAAGGUAGACGAUUAUCAUGGAGUGAAGAUUUCAGACCCGUACCACUGGCUGGAGGACCCGGACUGUGAGGAGACUCAGAUGUUUGUUGCGGAGCAGAACAAGCUGACCACGGCAUUCCUGGAUCAGUGUGCGGUCAGAGAGAGCUUCCAGCAGCGUCUCACCGAGCUCUACAACUACCCCAAAUACAGCUGUCCAUACAAGAGAGGAGACAGGUAUUUUUACUUCCACAAUGAGGGUCUGCAGAACCAGAACGUUCUGUACGUGCAGGACUCUUUAAACAGCCCAGCCACUGUGUUUUUUGACCCAAACGCUCUCUCUGAGGAUGGAACUGUGGCUCUCAAGAUGGGUCGCCUGUCGGAGGACUGUGAGUUCUUUGCGUACGGCCUGAGCAGCGCUGGAUCUGACUGGGUCACGGUGCGUUUUCUGAAGGCAGACGAUCUCAGUGAACUGCCGGAUGUGCUGGAGAGAGUGAAGUUCAGCUGUCUGGCCUGGACACACGACGCAAAGGGCAUCUUCUACAACUGCUACCCACGCCAGGAUGGAAAAGCUGACGGCACUGAGACCACAACAAACCUGAACCAGAAGCUCUUCUACCAUGUGAUCGGAAGCAGCCAAUCAGAGGACAUCCUGGUGGCAGAGUUUCCUGACAACCCCAAAUGGCACAGCAGCCUGACGGUCUCUGAUGACGGCCGGUACGCUGUGCUCUCCAUCACUGAAGGCUGUGAGCCGGUCAAUCGUCUGUGGUACUGUGACCUCCAGCAGCUGCCCAAUGGCAUCACAGGUAUUCUGCCGUGGGUGAAGCUGGUGGACAAGUUUGAGGCUCAGUUCACCUACAUCACCAACGAGGACUCUGUGUUCACACUGCGCACAAACCUGGACGCUCCACGAUACCGACUGAUCACCAUAGACCUGCAGAAACCACAGAGAACACACUGGAACACACUCAUCCCUCAGCAUGAGAAGGAUGUGCUGGGUUUUGUGGAGUGUGUGAACCAGCGCCACCUGCUGGUGAAUUAUGUGCAUGAUGUGAAGGAUAUCCUGCAGCUAUACGAGCUGCAGACGGGGAAACUGAUCCGGGAUCUGCCGCUGGACGUGGGCACGGUGGUCGGUCUGAGCUGCAAGAAGAAACACCACGACUUCUUCUACAAGUUCACCUCCUUCACCACACCAGGCAUAAUCUACCACUGUGAUCUGAGUGCAGCAGAUCCUGAACCCACAGUGUUUCGGCAGGUGGAGGUGAAGGGAAUCGACACCAGCGACUACCAGACCACACAGGUGUUUUACCCUAGUAAAGAUGGCACACAGAUCCCCAUGUUCCUGGUUCAUGAGCGUGGCAUCAAGAAAGACGGCUCUCACCCGGUGUUUCUGUACGGUUACGGAGGAUUUGAGAACUCUAUUCAGCCGUACUACAACACUGCGUAUCUGCUGUUCAUCAGGCAUCUCGGGGGAAUACUGGCCGUGGCUAACAUUAGAGGAGGAGGAGAAUACGGCCAGACCUGGCACAAAGCGGGGACUCUCGGGAACAAGCAGAACUGUUUCGAUGACUUCCAGAGCGCAGCCGAGUAUCUGAUCCAGGAGAACUUCACUUCUGCCAGCCGGAUCGCCAUCAACGGAGCUUCCAACGGUGGUCUGCUGGUGGCUGCGUGUGUAAACCAGCGUCCUGAGCUCUUCGGCUGUGCAGUAAUGGAGGUCGGUGUUAUGGACAUGCUCAAGUUUCACAAAUUCACCAUCGGUCACGCCUGGACCACAGACUACGGCUGCUCGGACGACCCGGAGCAGUUUCAGUGGCUCAUCAAGUAUUCUCCUCUGCACAAUCUCCCGCAGAGUAACGGACCGGCGUUUCCCGCUCUGCUGCUGCUGACGGCGGAUCACGAUGACCGUGUGGUUCCUCUACACACACUCAAAUACGUGGCGUCCGUGCAGCACAGCGUGGGCCGAAAUCCAGCCCAAAAACAACCUCUGCUGGUGCGCGUGGACACCAAGAGCGGACACGGAGCCGGAAAACCACCGCCAAAGCCAUCCUAGAGGACACACACAUCUUCUCCUUCAUCGCACACACUCUGGGGCUCCAAUGGAGAGAUUGAGACACACACACCAGAGAAAGACAAACAAACAUGGUGACACUGGAAGAAAUAUCCCUAAAUGAGCAGUGGUACCACUUUACAAUAAGGUUGUUUACUAAGAGGAACAGAUGUUGAGCAAUACAUUACAGCGUUUGUUCAUGUUACUUAACGUUAGUCGAUGGAAAUUAAGUUAUUCAUUGUUAGUUAGUUAACUCACGGUGCAUUGACUAAUGUGGACAUGCAUGAAUUUGGAGGUUAAUAACGCAUUAGUGAAUGGUUAAUGGUGGUUCUUUAUUAGUUCACGUUAGUAAAUGCAUUAACUAGCAUUAGCUAAUGAAACCUUAUUGUAAAGUGUGACCGCAGCAGUUUUACAUAUUCAGUGAUUCGUGAUUAUUAUUUUCUCCUGUUUAUUUCUGUUUCUGAAUUGCAUUAUGGGAUCUUGAGCUUUCUUUAAGUAAUGUGUGUACUGUAAAUAGCGCAUUCAUCAUGUAUGGACAUACACCCAAAGCUCUUUACAAUCAUGAGGGGGGUCUCUCCACACCACCACCAGUGUGCUGCUCCACUUGGAUGAUGCUCUGGCAGCCACAGGACAACGGCGCCAGUGCUUCACCACAUGAGCUAUAGGCAUACCUGCCAACAUUUGUUGCUGAAAAUGAUCCGGGGGGUUACGUUCGGGGCUGAGGUGUCUGAAUAAUACUGUUGCAAACCGGGUACUGUGUACUGUGGUGUUAGUAACUGUAUUAUGAAGCGUGUUUCGGGCGGCCGCUGCGAUCGGAUCCUAUACCAAUGUUGGCUACCCGGGGGUUUCACAGACUGUAGGGUUGGGGGGGCGGAAAUGGUUUUUUGGGAGAAAUAACAAAACGGGAGGGUGUCAGGAGAUGGGUCUGAAAUACAGGAGACUCCUGGGAAAAACGGGAGUGUUGGCAGGUAUAGCUAUAGGUGGAGUGGAGAGACAGCCAAGUCAGUGGAUAGGGUGAUUGGGAGGCUAUGAUGGCUAAGGGCUGAUGGAGGGGAUUUGGCCAGGACACCGGGGUUACACCCCUACUCUAUACCAGAAGUGCAACGGGAUUAUUAAUGAGCACAUACGUUUAUCGGUUUAACGUCUCACUGACAGUAUAGUGUCCCCUUCACUAUACUGGGGCAUUAGGACUCACACAGACCACAGGUUGAGCGCCCCCUGCUGGUCUCCCAUCCAGACAUCAGCCCUGCUCAGCUUCAGCAAAGGGGCCGCUUUUAGGCUGAGGGGGAUAUUUUAGCCUUUAAAAGUAGUAUAAAGUGACUUUUAUAAACAUUAUGAAUAGUUUAAAGUGAUAUAUUGUCUUGUUGGAGUUUGCAUGUUCUCCCCGUGUUGGUGUGGGUUUCCUCCGGGUGCUCCGGUUUCCCCCACAGUCCAAACACAUGCACUAUAGGGGAAUUGAUCAACUAAAUUGGUCGUAGUGUAUGUGUGUGUGUUUGAAUAAGUGUGUAUGGGUGUUUCCCAGUACUGGGUUUUACCUGGAAGAGCAUCCGCUGUGUAAAACACAUGCUGGAAUAGUUGGCGGUUCAUUCCGCUGUAGCGAACUCUGAUUAAUAAGAGACUAAGCUGAAGGAAAAUAAAUGAAUAUUGUGUUUUAUAUUACGCUACAGACACUUUGUAAUAAACUGCAGCACAUUUACUGUUAUUCUACACACUUAUUUCUCUAGAUAUUAUUUCUUAGACAUUAUAUUAUUUCUCUAAGCUACUGCAAUGUCAAUAAAAGUCACUUUGUUAAACUGUAGAGUUGAGUUUUCAACAUCAGAAGUGGACCGAGCAGAGAUCAACAUCCCAUAAUGCAAUUCAUAACCGCAAAUAAACACAAAACAAUGCAGAAACUGUUCAUUAAUACCAAUUUAUAGAUGAAUGUAUGAAUUUUAAAGAAUGUUCGUUUGUUGCUCACACACUAGUCAUUAAUUAAUGAUUUAGCUUUUCAUGAGUUAUACAUUAACUUAAGAAUUAAUUGAUGCAUAUUAGUGCACCCAAAUUGUAAAGUGUUACCAAAUAAAUGAAUAGAUAAUUAAUAAGACAUUUUCCAAACCUGUGCUACUAAUAAUCUCUCUUCUAUUGAACAUGAAGGAAAAUCUACUGAAGAGUGCUGGAUAAAACAGCCAUUGACUUUCAUGGUGUUGUUUUGUUUCUGCUAUGGAUGUCAAAUGUUCCAGCAUUCUUCAGAAUAUCUUCUUUUGUGUUCAACAGAGGAAGGAAACUCAUGAGUGUUUACAACCACUUGAGCAUGAGUAAAUGAUGUUGUUUUGGAGAACUGUCCCAUUAUGUUUGACUGUCUCUAUGCAGAUUUCAGGGAGUGCACGUUAAUCAGUGCAUUGAAGGUUUUUAAAUGAUCCU